AUGAGUCCCGAAUCUGAGCUCUCUCGCAAUACUAUCAAGCAUAUCUACGUCACUUCAGACACAUCUUCGAAUCCCGUAGUACAAAUCUGCGAGCUCAAGCGCAUCUCGCAGGCGAACGCCAACGCCAGCGCCCCACCUCGCUACCGUUUGGCCGUAUCUGAUGGCGUUCAUUUCCAGCAAGCCAUGCUGGCCACCCAGCUCAACUCCCUCAUCGAUGAUGGGAAGAUCUCCCUCUUCUGUCUCGUCCGCCUCAAUGACUUCAUCUGCAACAGCCUCCUCAACAAGCGCAUCCUCAUUAUCCUCAACCUUGACAUCGUUGCCCCCCCGCAAGCCAAGAUUGGAAACCCUAUCGGGAUUGACGCCGCUAUGAGCGGCGCUGCGCCUCCACAGCAGACAAUCGGUGGUCAUGCCAAUGAGAACGCAAGGCCCAACGCUAUGGUCGAUGUCAACCCGACGACGGGGCAGCCGAAACCAAUGGGGGGCGGCUCUGGGUUUGGCGCGGGUGCUAAUAGCAGCUGGCAUGCUUCCGCUGGGAAUGGAAACCCCUACGCUGGCACGGGCAACAGCGGUAUCAUGACCAAGAUCAGUUCCAACCCGGCGGGUAUUUACCGCCCCAUCCAGAGCAUCAACCCUUACCAGAACGGUUGGACCAUUCGUGGACGUUGUACGUAUAAGAGCGACCUUCGGAAGUUUCAGAAUCACCGCGGCGACGGCCAGGUGAUCAGCUUUGAGCUCACAGACGAGUCGGGCUCCAUUCGUGUUACGGGGUUCACCCAGCAUGCUCCAAUUAUCGAGCAGACUGUUCACAUCAGUCAUAUUUAUAAGGUGUCACGGGGAUCCCUCAAGCAGGCAAAUGAGAAAUACAACCGCAGCACGUCGAAUUUUGAGAUGACGCUGGACAAGAACUCUGUCUUGGAGGAAGUGGACGAUGACGGCUCUUUCAUGCAGGUGAAGUAUAACUUUACAAAAAUUGCAGAAUUGGGUAACAUUGAAGUGAAGGGAGAGUGUGACGUUGUCGGGGUGGUUACGGCCAUUGGACCUUUGGGUGAAAUCAUCAUCCGCAGCACUGGGGAACCGUGCAACAAGCGGUCAAUUCACAUCACGGAUGACUCAAAUUCCUCCGUUGAGCUGACACUAUGGAGAAAGCAGGCAGAAUCGUUUCUCACAGAGACUGACCUGGAUCGCCACCCGAUCAUUGUCAUCCGUAAGGCUUCGCGCGGGGACUUCGGCGGCGUUUGUUUGAAUGUCAAUCGCUCCACCACCAUGGAAUUAGAUCCUGUCAACGUGACAGAGGCAAAUAAGCUGCGACACUGGUAUGACUCGGGCGGUUUCAAUGCUGCUGCUGUGCAGUCUGUGACUAGUGGUCCAGGGGGUGGCGGCAAGAUAACCGGACCCCGGAAGUCUCUUGAGGUCGCGAAGAUUGAAGACGUACAGCCUGCAUUCACAGGGGGCUCUGGGUCUACAGGUGCUACCGCUACUUUCGUCACCAGAGCGUAUGUCGGAUUUGUUAACACGAAGAACGACCUUUACUAUCCUGGUGACCCAGAAACCAAGAAGAAAUUGACGCGAAGCGGCCCUGACAUGUGGUCGAGCGAAAGCAGCGGUCGAACAUUCUCUGACGACGAAGUUGUAUGGCGAUACAUCAUGAGUAUGAAAAUCAUGGACCAUUCGUCAUCCACAUGGGUCAGCGGGUUUGAUGAGGUGGGUAUGACAAUGUUCGGAAAGUCUGCUCAAGAAUUCCGUGCGCUGAAGGAAAAUGAUCCUACCUUAGCUGAUCAGAUCAUUGAGGAUGUCACAUUCCGUCCGAUGCUGAUGAAGGUCACUGUGAAGGAGCGGGUCUGGAGAGACGAGCAGCAGAUCCGGUACACGAUUUCUCGUGCGGAACCAUUGAAUUUUGCACAAGAAGGUCGUGUAUUGAUGAAUGAAAUUUCCAGCUACGGAGUAAUGUAAUAGUGCCAGUGAAGAGAUUUGGUUGUAAAGUGUUCUAGUAUGGAUUUCAACGGUGCGGAGUC